UUAUCACCACGCCUACUUUAUUUCCCACGUGUUGUUUAGCUUGAGCAACCAGCCGUGGCGCAGUUGGCUUACUGGUUGAAAAAUGGAGGAUUUUCAACGAGAACCAUGUCCGUGGCGGAUCAUGGAGGACUGUGGGGCUGCCUUUGCCAUGGGUUGCAUAGGAGGAGGCAUCUUCUCCUUUUGGAAGGGCUACAGAAACUCUCCAAUGGGCUCCAGAGUUUCUGGUAGUUUAUCAGCAGUCAAGGCAAGAGCCCCUGUCUUAGGAGGAAACUUUGCAGUGUGGGGAGGACUGUACUCCACUUUUGACUGUGCCCUGAUAGCAGUGAGAGACAAAGAGGACCCCUGGAACUCCAUCGCGAGCGGUGCCAUAACCGGUGCCGUUCUGGCCGCACGGAACGGAGUCAAGGCCUCCAUCGGUGCAGCUAUUGCAGGUGGAGUAAUCCUGGCAGUGAUUGAAGGAGUUGGAAUCUCAAUUAACAGAGCCGUCUCGGAAGGCUAUAAACCAGUGAUACCGCAGGUUCCAGACCCGGCCCAGCUGAAUCAACAGGGGCCGCCCAGCUCAUACCAGUCUCCAUAUCCACCUCAGUGAUACAGUAUGGACCGUAACCUACCAGUCUUUUGUCUGUCGUUCAUCCCGGUGUUGUUACGCCAUUCUGCAGAUGACGUUGUUUGUGUCUGUGCCCUAUACCUGUGUGUAUAAAUAUGUGUAUGUUCGUAUAUAUCACGUUAUUUGAAGCGUUCAAAUUUCCCCUGUUUUUUUAUCUUUGUUCCCAUGAAGGGAAGAGUAAUUACAGCAUGUAGGUACGUAGGACAUAUCCUUGUGUUUGCGUGCGGUUAAUGACUAAAAUUCAAGUGCUUGUUUGCACAACUGAGAAGAUGAGAUGUGUGUAAACUGUUUGAAUGCGAUAUAAUCGUAGGAGCAGAUAAG